AGCACACAAACAUCGCAGCCGUAGCGAUAGGAGACGCACUUUCAGGUCCCCGGCGGUGCGCGUACGCCGAUGAGGAUGAGACGAUCAAUGCAGAGCUACGUGGUUUUCUAGUUAACGUAUUAGAUCAAUUCAUUCAUCGUAUGUCUUCUUGAUCUACUGUAUUGUCGGUCGCCUCCCUUUGGUUCGCCUCUGCUCGGAUUAUUUGUUUGCCAUCCUGCUCUGUGUUCGGGAUCCCGCAUGGAAGCGGCGGGGGAGGCAGCGGCGAGUCGUUCCAAGGGCGGGGAGCGGAGACCGUUACCCGGCGUCGCGGCGCCCGACGAGACGGACGCUGUCAUCGCUGUCAGCCAGGGCACGGACGCCGUGGACAUAGAUGUCACAGCUAAGAAGUCGGUUAUAACAGAGCUGGUCUCCGCCACUGCUCCAGGGAAGAGGAUUGGUCACCGGGGAGUGGAUGCGUCGGGGGAGACCACUUACAAGAAGACCACGUCUUCCGCCCUGAAAGGGGCCAUCCAGCUGGGCAUCGGGUACACUGUGGGCAACCUGAGCUCCAAACCCGAGAGAGACGUUCUCAUGCAAGACUUCUACGUGGUGGAGAGCAUCUUCUUCCCCAGUGAGGGCAGCAACCUGACCCCAGCUCACCACUUCCCCGACUUCCGCUUCAAGACCUACGCCCCCGUGGCCUUCCGAUACUUCCGGGAGCUCUUCGGCAUUCGGCCCGACGACUACCUGUACUCUCUGUGUAAUGAGCCGCUGAUCGAGCUCUCCAAUCCCGGGGCUAGUGGCUCCGUCUUCUACCUCACCAAGGAUGACGAGUUCAUCAUCAAGACCGUCAUGCACAAGGAGGCUGAAUUCCUGCAGAAGCUGUUGCCCGGCUACUAUAUGAACCUGAACCAGAACCCCCGCACGCUGCUGCCCAAGUUCUUCGGGCUGUACUGCGUCCAGUCGGGGGGGAAGAACAUCCGGGUGGUGGUAAUGAACAACGUGCUGCCGCGGGCGGUGCGGAUGCACCUCAAGUACGACCUGAAGGGCUCCACGUACAAGCGGCGGGCCUCCAAGAAAGAGCGCGAGAAGGCCAGGCCUACCUUCAAGGACCUGGACUUCAUGCAGGACUUGCCGGACGGCCUGAUGUUGGACGUGGACACUAACGGGGCGCUGGUCAAGACCCUGCAGAGGGACUGCCUGGUCCUCGAGAGCUUCAAGAUCAUGGACUACAGCCUUCUGCUGGGGGUGCACAACAUGGAUCUGGCGGAGCGUGAGCCGGAGGGGGGUGGCUCACAGGACGUCGGCGACGAGAAGCGGCCCAUCACCCAGAAGGCCCUGUACUCCACCGCCAUAGAGUCCAUCCAGGGGGGCGCGUCCUGUGGGGAGUCCGUCGACACCGACAACACGAUGGGCGGCAUCCCGGCUGUCAACGGCAAGGGGGAGCGACUGCUGCUCUUCAUUGGAAUCAUCGACAUCUUGCAGUCAUACAGACUGAUAAAGAAGCUGGAGCACACGUGGAAAGCGCUCGUUCACGACGGGGACACGGUCUCGGUCCACCGGCCUAAUUUCUACGCAGACAGAUUUUUCAGGUUCAUGAGCAACACAGUCUUCAAGAAGAACUCCUCCUUGAAAUCGUCGCCUUCCAAGAAGGGACGCCUUGCUCUGACUGUCCCCAAAUACCCGGGGCCCGGGGCGGCAUGGUCGGCUUCCCAGCUGCCCUGUGAGCAGGACGAGAAGAUGUACGACCUGCGGGGCGCCCACAGCUUCCCCACGCUGGAGAACGAGGUCCGGCCGGAUCUCCUGCCCUGCGCCCUUCCCUCCUUUGAGGAGGCGAUGAUGGCCUCAGCUGCAACCACCUUGUCUUCUACCACCUCCCUCACCAACCCCGAGCGCUCUCCUCCGGACGCUGAGCGCCUCCGCUACAGGAGACACCCCCAAGCAUCCAAUCAGGAUGUCAGGGCUCAGGAGGAGCCUGGUGUCCGUGAGGAAGACCAGCAGACCAUCACAGUGGAGGUGGAGACACAGAGACCCAGCAGUGAGCUCACAAUCAGCACCCCCGCAGCCUCCCCGGAAACCAGCCAGCCGCCCGAAGCUGAGGCCCCCGCCCCCACCGCCCCCGCGCCAUCCAGCCCCCGCGUGACCGAAGAGCCCGACGUCACCAGCCAGCUGUCAGAAUGCGCCAGCCAAGCCUCCGCGGAGGAGGAGGACGACGUGCCAAUCAGCGACAUCUUCAUCCCUCCCGAGGACAGUUGGGUGUACUCUCCUCUGCACUAUGGCACGGAGUCUUGGUCCAUGUCAGACAGAGACAGGGAGAGCUAAACCUGACUGCUACAGAAGCCAAGCCAGGUCUGCCGCUACAGAUGGAGCCGUCAGAGGGGUCUGAGGUGGCCGGGUGGCCCUGGGGGGUGUGAAUGGGAGGUCUGGAAUAGCCCGAUCCAUGCCCCUUGUCGUUAUGUGUGCAUAUGUACAUGGUGGAUGGGAAUUCCAGCCUAAUCCAAAAGUGCAUCUCCCUCCCCUCAGCAUAUGGUCACACCUGUUCCAACAGCGCCCCCUCUCUGACCGGCAUGCGAGUUACAGGAAGGUGUUUGUAUAAAAGGUUUUUGUGUAUUUUCCAAACAUAUUUUAAUACUGUGAAUAUUUUAAUAACACUGUAUGCCAUAAAACAUGUGUGAGCUACAGAUUAUCGGAAUGGUUUUAUUGUAAAGAUUUUUGUUUUGUUCUGGUUUUUAGAGGAACAUCAGUUCAGCCUCGUGGAAGGAAAAGCUCUCGCCCCCUUUUAAAAGAAUUUUAGCAAAAAAUGUGAAGAUUUGCCUCCAAAGUGGUGUCUUUCGUUUUAGGAACUCAUUGCAUUUUUCGGGCAUUUUUGUAGUAAUUCAUCACUUAUGUCUUAAUUCUCAUUUAUGAUCUGUAAACAUUAUUUUUAAAUAUUAGGUAUUUAUAUAAUGUGUAUAACUUUAUAACCAUAAUUAUAAAAUAUAUCUUGAAUAUUAAGACCCUGCUCCACUCUUCAUCCUCGCCUGAGCAUGUGUGACAUUGGUGUCCGCAAUGCAAAACGGAGUAUUAUAUUUUCAAAGUCAGACCAUCAUUAAUCUUCCAGGGAGUGGGUUAGUUUUGGAGACGUGCACCAAGGCAUUCUCAAAGCGUCUUGGUGGUAAACAUGGCAGGUGACACACAAUAGGCAGCCGUCCGUGGCAGGUGGCAUCGGCCCACCCUUUAGGGGAUUGAAAAAGAGUAAUGGGGCAGCUGCGCAAACGCUGGAUGGAAGGCCCUCUCUCGACCCCUCUGUGCGAAUCCUCACCAUGUUUCGAUUGGCGUCUCACACGUUCCUCACCAUGGUCUCUAUCACGGCUUAUAGGUCAUGUCUGUCCAUGUAUUUCAGCUGCUCUUCGCAAAAUCAGUCAGUGUUUGAGUGCUGUUUCAGCUGUUCGUGACAAUGCAUCGACUCUGCCCCUCUGUUUGAUAGGCUGGUUUUGUUCUGUGUAAAAUGUACAAGUCCAGUGUUCAAUAACAGCAUUGCAUUCCUCCAUACCAUGCAGUUGAAAUAUUUUUUUCACCUGAAUGAGGUUUAGGCAAAACAACCAGUUACUGAUCAGUUACUAAUUACAACAAAAUUGAGUGUGUUUGCAUAUAUGUGUGUUUACACAUAUGUAUGGUACCUACUAGGGUUGCAUGAUUUUGGAAACGUUUCAAAUAUUGUCAUAUGUUUUUUUGCGAUAAAUAUUGCAAUAUUUAGAAAACAAAAAAUGAAUUGAAAAAUUACCCAAACUAAGCUAUAUCCAAAUAGAACUUAUCUAUCAGUAGAAUCUAUUAUAUAAGUUGGUGAUGUUGCCGCAAGGCAGUGCCGACUGGCACACGGCAGUGCCGACAAAGCACUUGCUCUUGCUCUAAAUCAUCUCUGUGGAAUCCAAAAUAUUUUGAUACAGCUGAGGACGAAUGUCUUUUGGUAAGCAGGUUUUGUUCCAUUUCUUUCCUCCUCUUCACUCUUUUUUUUGUUUUGUUAAAUUUCUCACUAACACGCCUCGCUUUCCAUGAGCGAGUCGACAGCAAGGACAAGACGCAGCGGCUAACCGUACACUAAUUAUUUUUAGGCCUACUAAAUAAUUUUGAGAAGGAACAAUCAUUCGAAUUGCAAAGCUUGCAAAGUGUGGGUUCCUAUGACAGAGUAAAAAUGCUAUAGCGAAACUGAUUUCUGUUCGACAAAUCAUAUCAUGGGGGACCCCCCCCCCCCCCACUCGCUCGGCAAAUGUUAUUUUUAAGAUAAUGUCAAAAUACUGUAUGCCAGGCUAUAAUGUCCUGAUGACAUUGUGAAAAAUGUGAUACUGCCCAAGCCUAAUGUCAACCCAGCUGAUUAUCGAGGUCCUUGCAGUGUGACAACUGCAUGUGCAUAACAUGCGAUGUCAGUGUUAACAUUGCACAUGUGCAGGCUAAGGCCCUUCAGUUUGAUUGCCUUAUCGAUACACAGAAGAGCAAGAUGCCCCUUUUACUAACAUGAAUUUCCAAGCCAUGUUUGAAUAAUGGAGUCCUCGAGACGUGUAUAUAACAAGAAAUGUACAUUAUGCGUAUAAAUAUAUAUAUAUUUUUCAUUUGAGACAGAGAAUGCUCUAUUUUAUUUGUGCUAGGAAGAAUUAAGAUCCCAGUGGAUUUCCUGUACUCUUCAUAUUGAGAUGCAGCUAUAAUUUCUGUACAUAACUCAGAUUAUGAAUAUUUUUGUUUGUAAACCAGUCCUAACUCCAGGCUUGCUGGAUAUGCGUACUGCUGUGCUCUCCAGCCCUGUGUCUGUACGCAUGUAUGCGAGUGCGUGUGUCUGUGUGUACACAUAUGUGCGUUUUCAAAAUGCUGUGUACCCUCUUUGGGAUUCCAUAGCAUGAUAUCAUGUGAAUAUGUGCAUUGGGAACAUGUAUGUAUUAUGUAUGUACCUAUCUAUUUAUGCCUUGAUGUAAAUAGAUGGAUAUUUUGUGUUUUAACUGUAAAGACCAGAAUCAACUCAGAAUAAAAACGCUUCUUAUAUAAAAUAGUGUAUUUGUGUGUUGAAACAUUUGCCUCUUAUGAAUAACUUAGACUGUGUAACUUCAGUAUGCAAGUGGGAAAUGCUGUCUUUCUCGUGCUGGUGUCAAUGACAUGCUGUAAAAUAAAGGUCGUUUCUUCCCCACA